AUGGGUUACACUGCAAGACAAAUCGGUGCUAAGAACAGCUUAGACUACAAGGUCUUUAUCGAGAAAGAUGGCCAGCCAAUCUCGUCCUUCCACGACAUUCCUCUAUACGCUGACGAGGCCAACCAAAUUUUCAACAUGGUCGUUGAGAUCCCACGUUGGACCAACGCCAAGCUAGAAAUCAGCAAGGAGGAGACCUUGAACCCAAUUAUCCAGGACACCAAGAAGGGCAAGCUAAGAUUCGUCAGAAACUGCUUCCCUCACCACGGUUACAUCCACAACUACGGUGCCUUCCCUCAAACAUGGGAGGACCCAAGCUCCGUUCACCCUGAAACCAAGGCUGCUGGUGACAACGAUCCUUUGGAUGUUUUGGAAAUCGGAGAAACCAUCGGAUACACCGGUCAAGUCAAGCAAGUCAAGGUCUUGGGUGUUAUGGCCCUUUUGGACGAAGGUGAAACCGACUGGAAGAUCAUUGUCAUCGACAUCAACGACCCAUUGGCUGCCAAGUUGAACGACAUCGAGGAUGUUGAGAAGUACUUCCCAGGUCUUUUGAGAGCCACCAACGAAUGGUUCAGAAUCUACAAAAUCCCUGACGGCAAGCCAGAAAACCAGUUUGCUUUCUCCGGUGAAGCCAAGAACAAGAAGUACGCUUUGGACGUCAUCAGAGAGUGCAGCGAGGCCUGGAAGAACUUGAUCCAGGGCAAGGCCGCUGACGCCAAGGAUAUCGAAUUGACGAACACCACUUUGUCUGGUACUUCCACCUUCUCUGCUGCUGCUGCCCAAGCUGUUCCAGCCGGCGAGGCUAAGGAGGACGCCCCAAUUGACAAGUCGAUUGACAAGUGGUUCUUCAUUUCCGGUUCUGCUUGA